AUGGCAGCUGUUACCCCGCAGAAAAGGAGCCGUAGUUCUACCGAUAUCGAUGGUUCAUCCUCAGCCUUUGAGACUCCUGUGAAAAAAAGGAUGAUAGGCAUUGCUGAAGGUCUGUCUCCACUCAAGAAAUCGAGAAAUAAUUGGUUUGCUUCUCAAAUAAAAUGGUCAUCGAGCUCCAGCGAUGAGAUGAAAGAAAAUGAGGCCGUCGCGGGGAAGCCGGCGCUGUCGAGGACGCUGGAUAUCUCACCCCUUCAGGCAGCCAGCGUUCCCGCAGCUGCACAGAGGGAGUCCUCCAGGAAAUUAUCCCCAAAGACGGCUUCCUCGUACAAGCCCCUUGUGCCUGUGGUGUCUUUUUAUAGCAAGGAAAAGCAGUACCUUACUCCCCUUGAGAGGAAACGACUGAACGAGAACCACUCUUGGGGUGAGAGGAACGGGGCUGAAAACCUCCCAGCUGCCAGCAGGACUGAGAAGACGAACAUGAACUUGAGCAGGAAUACAAGCUCGAAGCCAACCAAGCACACAACCAACUCCAAGCACGGCAAAACGGUCCCCAAAAUGCUUAAGAAGGCCAAGGGAGAGACACCAGCGGGAAAACCCAGCGUGGAGAAAGAGAACGUGAAUUGCCUAAUUAAAAAGAAGAUGGAUUCACCCUUCAGAGUCCUAAGCAUGACAGUUAAACCAGCCCUGAAACUCCAGCUGGGGGCUGCGUUCUUUUCCGCCAGGAAGAAAUCACACUCUAAAAAAACUGUUGUAGACACCAAGUCUCUCCAGGAUCUCCCCAGAUCUCUGCAAGAAAACGAUCAGCCCGGACCACCGACAACUACGAAGUCUAACUCGGCGCAUAGAAACCAAAUUCUUGAGGCGGGUGGUGUACUGAGAAGCAUUUCUGUGCCUCAGAAGAAGGAAAAUGAAAACAGGGAAGACUUCACAAGCUCUGCAAAUCAGGAGGGAGAUUCGGCAGGUGAAGGAAAAGCCUCUCCGCAGAAAAGCGGACGCGCCUCUGGUCCGUUUUGUACUUCCACGUCUGCCGCCGCGGGAGGCGGCGACGCGGGGAACGUGGAAGCUGAUGAAAUUGGUUCUGCCACCUGUGAGUUAGAUGAUGGCAUUAUUCCUUCAAGCCAGUCUCCAUGUAAGGCGAACGAGCAAGCAUCUCCUUCAAAUGCUGUUGUCUACCCCAUAUUCGGUGCACCCCCAGCCAGCAAGAAAAGGCCUCAGGCUACACUGGAUGAACUGACUUCGCCGUUCGGGUCCAGCCCACCAGCAAAAACAUCUCACACCUCCCAGAGAAGCAAGAAAGCGAAAGAGCUCUGCAAGCGCUCCAGAGAUCAGAUGAUCAUUGACGCUGGUCAGAAACAUUUUGGUGCCAUAGUUUGCAAAUCGUGUGGCAUGAUCUACACGGCCGCUAGCCCGGAGGAUGAAGCCCAACACAUCCAGCACCACGAGAGAUUCCUCGAAGGACUCAGAUAUGUG